GGCGGUCUCCUUGAGCUUCAGACGCAAGGAGUUGACCCCGAGAGAAGUUGUGAGUGUGUCGGAGACGCACGGUAUCCCGGUUGGGGUGGCCUUCGUGGAGCCGAGAGGGGAGAAGUACGAUGGCGCUUUCCCGGUGAUGUGGCUGGCAUGGAGGGAUGGAUGGCACGUUCUGGGGACGGAGACUUGGGUGGAGUGAGGACUCAGCACCCUGCCUCCACGAAGACAUUGGGCUGGAGGCACCCGUCUUCUCUCCAGCGUCUAAGAUUUCAAAGCCCGUGGCUCAGUAAGUCCGCGUAGGGCACCCCCGGCUAGGGACCAUGCCAGCCCACGAGCUGCUCCGGUAUUUUCGGAUACCGGAGCUGGCCGACUUCCGACAGUACGUCCGCGCGCUCCCAGCCAACUCGCUCACGGGCUUGGACGCGCUCACCGCUUUCACCAUUCUGUGGUUUGCCAUGAGGCCCAGGGCGCCCACGCCCCCGAGCGCCCUCGCCAUGCAGUCGGUGGAGGUGGCGGGCAGCGGCGGCGCGCGGCGGUCCGCGCUCCUGGACAGCGACGAGCUCCUGGUGUACCUGUACGAGGACGUCAGGACCGUGUACCAAGCUUUCCAGAGGGGCGUCCGCCUGUCCAAUAACGGCCCUUGUCUAGGCUCCCGGCUGCCGGACGGGCCCUAUGAAUGGCUCUCCUACCAGCAGGUGGCGGAGAUGUCCGAGUGCGUGGGCUCGGCCAUGAUCCAGAUGGGCUUCGGGGCGGCACCGGACCAGAACAUCGGCAUCUUCUCCCAGAACAGACCCGAGUGGGUGGUCAUCGAGUACGGAUGCUUUGCUUACUCCAUGGUGGCCGUCCCCCUCUAUGACACCCUGGGAACCGAAGCCGUCACUCACAUCGUCAACACUGCGGAACUCGCCCUGGUGUUCGUGGACAAGCCCGAGAAGGCCAGCCUGCUGCUGGAAGGGGUAGAAAACAAGUCGACCCUGGGCCUCAGAACCGUCGUGGUCAUGGACUCCUACGGCAGCGACCUGUCGGCACGCGGCGAGAGGUGCGGGGUGGAGAUCGUCAGCAUGAAGGCCGUGGGGGACCUGGGAAGAGCCCACAGAAAGACGCCCCAGCCGCCCGCGCCUGAAGACCUUGCAGUCAUUUGUUUCACAAGUGGCACCACCGGCAACCCCAAGGGGGCCAUGAUCACCCAUCGCAACAUGGUGAGCGACUUCUCGGCGUUUCUGAAAGUGACCGAGAAGGUCAUUCACCUGGAUGUCAGUGACACACACAUUUCGUUUUUACCGCUUGCACACAUGUACGAGCAGCUCUUGCAGUGUGCGAUCCUGUGCCACGGAGCGAGAAUAGGCUUUUUCCAAGGAGACCUCAAGCUGCUUAUGGAUGACCUCAAAGUGCUUCAGCCCACCAUCUUUCCGGUGGUCCCGAGGCUGCUGAACCGGAUGUUCGACAGAAUUUGGGGGCAGGCCAACACCACCCUGAAGCGGUUGCUACUGGACUUCGCCUCCAAGAGGAAACAAACAGAGCUUCGCAGUGGCAUCAUUAGAAACGACAGCCUGUGGGACAAACUGAUCUUCCGCAAAAUACAGUCCAACCUGGGAGGGAAGGUCCGGCUGAUGAUCACCGGGGCUGCGCCCGUGUCAGACACGGUGCUGACGUUUAUGCGAGCGGCGCUGGGCUGUCAUUUCUACGAAGGCUAUGGGCAGACUGAGGGCACAGCCUGCUGCUCAAUGACCGUUCCCGGAGAGUGGACCGCAGGCCACGUCGGUGCCCCCGUGCCUUGCAAUCUGAUAAAACUCAUCGAUGUGAAAGAGAUGAACUACUUGGCUGCCAACGGCGAGGGCGAGGUGUGUGUGAAAGGCUCAAAUGUAUUUCAAGGCUACCUGAAGGACCCGGUGAAGACAUCGGAAGCUCUGGACAAAGGUGGCUGGUUGCACACAGGGGACAUUGGGAAAUGGUUACCCAAUGGGGCCUUGAAGAUCAUCGACAGGAAGAAGCACAUAUUUAAACUGGCACAAGGAGAAUACAUAGCACCCGAAAAGAUCGAGACUAUCUACGUACAGAGCGAACCCGUUGCUCAGGUGUUCGUCCAUGGAGACAGCUUGCAGGCAUUUCUCAUAGCGAUCGUGGUCCCCGACGUGGAGACGCUGGGCCUCUGGGCAGGGAAUCGAGGCCUGGUGGGAUCCUUCCAGGAGCUGUGCCGCAGCAAGGAUGUCAAGAAAGCCAUCCUAGAGGAUUUGGUGAGGCUGGGGAAGGACUCUGGCCUGAAACCAUUCGAGCAGAUCAAAGGCAUCGCUCUCCACCCUGAACUGUUCUCUAUUGAAAACGGCCUUCUGACCCCGACAAUGAAGGCAAAAAGGCCACAACUUCAGAAUUAUUUCAAGUCACAGAUAGAGGAACUUUAUUCCACCACCAAAGUUUAAGGGAGGAGGAAUGGUCAGAAGAAACCACACACCUCCACGAUCUUCUUCUCCUGGUGGCUUUCACGUUGGCGAUUUGACUACAAGAGCAUAGGGAAGGACACCCCUUGUUUGACUUGGGCAUUGGGCUCUUGUCAUAGGAAUAUUAGAGGAAGCGAGACUCUGCCUUGCAGUCACCUUGCUUGGCAGAUCAUGUACCCAUGUGGUGAUAUACCAUUUCCAAAACGAGCUUUCACAAUAGUCAAGGGAAACUAUACAUGUGCUAAGUUAUUCGUGACUUCCUUUGUUCAGAAGGCGGAUGUGGAACUUCUGUCUCCCUGUUUUUCUAACCAAGGGACUAGGACUUGCUAUUUCUGAAUGUCUGCUGCUUGCUGCAAACUCUGUAGUCGUUGGCUGCUUGGAAGAAUACAUGCACUGGAAGGAAACUGUUCCUUAUGAACAACUCUCCCAGCUGGAGAAUGUCACAAGUGGACUAGAGAUUUUUUUUUUAUUCCUGUCAGCUCCCCUUCCCCACAUCUUACACAUGCUCAUGUCCCCUUGGAUGAAGGCUUCUGAAACGCCUGCUCUUCCCCCCCCCUCCCCCCCAUUCCCUUAUUGUUCCUUUUGGAGCCGAAGUUUCCCAGGAAAGUGCAGAACAGACCGACUCAGGACAGUAAAGAUACUGAGUCCCAGACACGGGGCCACUCCCAGGGUGAAUGGAUUCUGGUACCAACGAAGCAGAGUGCUCUCAGGGCCUCCUCUCCAGACUCUCCCUCCCUCUGUCCCCGGGGCUAUGAGAAAAUCAACCAAGCAUUUCAAGAAAGAAAGAAUCACCUGGCAAGACCAUGCUCAACUGUGAAGCCUAAGUAACUGUCCACUUUAUCUCCACUGAACAUCCUUCUGUUUGUGAUGGCCAAUGGGCUUUUAAUGUGGUUUUCAUAUCAGAAGUUCACAUUGUGAUUAACUGGCUUUUCCCCAGAAUAAACUCUCAGGCAAGGCAUGUCUACGAGGCUUUAAGGAGUGCAUAGACGUGGGUACUAAUGGAAAUGGAUGAUAAUAAACUUGCUCUCCUGCCAUCAUGCUUCCUGGCUCCUGUGAAAUGUUUCCGCAAGCCAAAUUCUCAGGGAUGGAAGUCCGAACACUCAUUUCCUGGGAGUCACUCCUCCCAGGAUUUCUUUAAGUUAAUUUGCUAAUUUCACUUACCAGAAAGCCUUUGCCACGUGUGACUGGAGUAAGUUGUCAUUAUGGGUGUGAGUACACAUGCCGCACAGCACUGGGGGUUGCACUCAAGUCGUCAUCAUAGCCUAAUCCGUGUGUGUGUUCUUCACUGCACAAAAAGUCAAUAACUUGUCACAUUGGGGUUUUUGAGUGUUUGCUUUACGUAAGUGUUGGCUAUUUCUAUGUUUUAUAAGCCAAAACAGAAUUUCCAAAAACAAUGAAGGAAACAAAAAUAUUUCUGCAUUUAAAAAA